AUGGAUACCCAUGCUGAGAAUCUCCCCUUUGCCCUAGCCCGUGCACAAACCACUUCCCCCUCUCUCUCCUCCCCGUAUUAUGCUCUCAUCCCCAAUACCCACUUCCCUAAGCAGAAGGUGCUGCUGAAGCAUGAGAGUGCCCCAUCUAUGCAACUAUCAUCGCGGCAUCCAAUAUUCCAUCCCACCUACACGCCUAGACUCAAUGGUUUCUCCAUCACAAUACAAGCUAUGCAACGUGGUCAUUGCCGGAUCCUUUCCCCGGCCUCCCUAAUGCCAAUGACGCACACGCACAUGAUGCAUGUCUGUCAUCCCCUUAGCCAGGUCACCCACCCCCAUUCCACCCCCGUCCAACCCACCGGUGUCACCGCCUCACUUUUGGCAAACGACUGGACAAUCGCCUGUGGGCCACAAAGCCCCAGUGGACCAGAUCAUGCAACUUCUGUCGAACCGGGUGCAUUGUUGAAAUCUCCUGGAAUCAAUUCCAGUCAGGUCUCGCCCAGCAGAACUGGACACGAGACCCAAGUCUAUCCUAGUCUAAGCUUCAAUCGACAGAUCAUCAACAAUCAAACCAAAUACAACAACAAUCAAAGUCCUUCAAUGCAUACUUUCCCCACUAUGCGCAUAUUCUUGUGUCCUCCAACGAUGCCAUCGCUCGUAAAAGCAUCCGACUGA